AAGAAAGUGCAUUUACUUCCUUGUUCAAGAUAGCACAUGAUAUGUGAAUUUGUAAAUUCAGUUUCACUUUAGUUGAAGACAUCAAACAUCAUAAGACAAUUUGCCUAACACUUCUAAGGUGGUCACUUUAAAGUCUCUCGUGGAAUUUGGAAAAUGGGCAAUACAUAUCGAUAUAAGCCUACGCUAGCAUGUGUAGUUUCUGCCUUAAUGCUCUGCGUUUGGUGCAAUGGACAGCUUUCAAAUGCAGCACCCUCGGGGAAUCAAAAAAAAUACAAUGGUCAAGACGUUUGUCAGAGUGGUGAGGACCAUUGCAAAGACGCUAAUGGGGAAUCGUUCACUUUUAAUGCUUCGCCACAACGAAAAGUUCCCGAAGGCGACUAUCGCAAUUGCGCAGACUCGAAUGGAAAGAUUCCCCAACGUCUCGAAGCUCUCCCUGGCGGCGCCUGGGAUAACUUGCGGAAUCUCGACAUGGGACUUGUAGGAAAAAGAAACUAUAGCAAAUGUUUGACCACUGAAGAUGAGAAUUACCUUAUACCCGACGGUACAUUCGUUAUCCCAUUGAAAAAAAGUAAUUUGGAAACAUUCGCGGAAGUAAUUGAACAUUGGUCGAAUUACACAAGCAUGACGUCAAGUAGUAUCAACGCUGAUGCCCAUGUACUCUCCUUCAUAAGUGGGUCAUUCUCGUCGACACACCAAAGAACGAAAAUGCACCAAUACAACGAAAAAUCAAUGACAACACGAGUUCAAAUGCGCCAUCUUUUAUACACUGUAAAACUUUCAAUGGAUAUUGAGCUAGAAAGGGCUCUUCAAAAUCGAGUUCUGGACAUCAUUGGAUAUCUGCAGGAUAAUCGAACUAACGAGGCAGUCUAUCAGACACAGCUGUUGGUGCGCGACUAUGGCACCCAUGUCAUAACUAGCGUUGACGUCGGGGCUGUUCUUGCACAAGAGGACCAGAUUAAACGAUCAUUUGUUUAUGACCAUCAAAAUGAAAGGAGUAGCAUUAAGGCAUCAGCAAGUGCUGAUUUCUUUGGAAAGGUCGGUUUUAGUGUUGGUGGUGGCUCUGCUAGUUCCGAAGCUAUGGACAAAUCGUAUCGCAGCAGCCGAACAUUUUCCAGGGUAAUAACACACGGUGGACCACCAUUUAUGUCCAACUUCACAUUAAAUGAUUGGGAAAGGGGACUUGUCAAUUCGUUGGUUGCAAUCGAUAAAGCCGGAGACCCACUUCAUUAUUUUAUAACUCCAGAUAGAUUCCCAGGAAUUCCUAUUCCCAGCGUUGAUCGCGCUGCAGCAUUGAUUGAACAAUCGAUAGAUCGUUACUACCGAAUCAACACACGCUACGGGUGUACAAGCAUGGACUCUCCGAAUUUCAGCUUCGAAGCAAAUUUAGAGGAUGGGUCGUGUGAGUUACCCUUGACGAACUUUACAUUCGGUGGAGUAUUUCAAAAAUGUGCUCUAAUGCAACAACGUUCCGCGGGUGACAUUUGCCCUGAGCUUGUCCAGAAAAACCCAUUGACGGGAGAUUUCUCUUGUCCGCCGCAGUAUUCUGAAGUACUCUUGCAUACUGGUGUUAAGACGAAAGGCGAGAUGAGGAACGAGUGCAACGACAGAUGCCAUGAUUGUGGGUUUCUAGGGUUAUCUACCUGUUGCGAUCGCGUUUGCGCCAAUGUUCAUUACUCUACUCAAGCCGAGUAUCGGACCUACUGGUGCGUUGCUACGGGACACGUUAAUGUGGAUUCUGGGUUUCUCUUUGGGGGCAUUUACACCACAACUAGCCAAAAUCCAUUGACGAAAUCCGAAAAAUGCCCUGUGAAGUUUUUCCCUUUAAAACUAGGUAAUGGUGGCUGUAUUUGUGUCAGUGACGACUAUGAGCUCGGAUUCCGUUUUUCAGUUCCUUUCGCUGGACUAUUUAGCUGUACCGCUGGUAACCCACUCGUGCUAUCCGGAAAUAUAGUCAGUAAACGUAGCGUUGACGCCCCACGCAGCAUGAUGACGUACCUUUCAGACGCAGGUCCUGCAUCUUGGCCACAUCGCUGUCCACCCGGCUAUAGUCAACACAUGGCGUCUAUUGAUGACGGAUGUGAAAUAGAGUAUUGUGUGAAGGUCAACGCUCUAUCUACACAAGGUUUGACACCAAUUAAACGUCCCCCGUUCAUUGAUCCACCAUACGUGAAUCCUAAUUACACCGAUACGAUGAUGAUUAUCGGUCCUGCAGGAAAGGCUUGGGAAAAGAAUAAAAGCCAAGAAUGGAGGAUUGUUACCGAGGCAGACGCGUAUAAAGAUUACCAGAAAUCAAGCGGAUCAAGUGAACCCCUCAGCGGUGGUGCAAUCGCCGGAAAAGCGAUUGGCGUGGUCGUGUUUGUUGCCUUGGUCGUUAUAGUUAUCGUCCUUGCUACAAAGGGCAGAUGCACCUCGUGUAAGAGGUCGGGUCACAGCGAAUUGAGAGACGACGACCACACUCCUGUGAUGAGUGCGCAAGGCAAUACACAACAGGGCACCAGUCGAGGAGGACUCUAUGGGGCAACUCAAGAUGGCGCCACCAAUGCAAACAAUCAAGACCCCGAAGCUUAGGCUAGAUAUCUCCAAUUCUAAGUAGAUAAUAAUUUGCAACAUGAAUGAACAAUGAAUGAUUGUCCUGUUAGUACAAUAAGAAACGCCCCAUGACACGACACAUCGCGUUGUUUGUGACUUCUGUCUUAUUAUGUUCAAAGCACCAUUAUACAUAGUGCACUUUUAUAUUACGGGUGUCCCAAAAAUGAUAUUAUACUUUGCGGUAAACAAAAAUGUUAAGAAAAAUUAAAGAAAAUUAUCUUAAAAUCCUCAAGAACUGUGAGAACAUCCCAAUUUGUGGGCAUAAAUGACUGAAUUAGUCUAAAAUGGAUUGAAAAAACGAAAAUAAUAUUUUUCUUCAAAAUUUUGGGCGCCUCUUACAUUAUGAAAGAUUAUUCCAGGAUAUCCUAUAUACAUGUCCUUAGUUGGUAUACCGUCGUACAAAUGACCCAAUAUAUAGUGGGGAGAUCUCAUUGAGUAUUAGCCGCCUUAUCUAAUGCUUAUGUUUUUUAUUGAAUAGAUACUAAACUACUAAUAAAGUAAUUAAAUGUUUAGUUUACUCUUUAUAUUUGUGUUAUAUCCAUAAGUUAAGUACAGCUUAAUGUAGAGACAAUGAAAAAUGUGUCGUCGAUUUACCGUUUUGUGAUUUAACUGACAUUACAUAUAGGCCUAAGGUCUCAUUAUUGAAAACUAUAA